ACAUAACCAUUCCCGGCCAGAGUUUCACCGUCUGACAAUUUAUAACCUUGUUCAAAUUCCCCAUUCAACUUCUUCGCCAAGAAGUAUUACAACAAUGGGCUUUCUAAAAACGGCAUUGCUCCUAACUGGGGCUUCACUUUGCGCUUUUGCCUCGCAGAUACCACUCAAGGACACAGACUCACCGCAAGCCUCCACGUUCCAAGUUCACCAAAGCUCGCUGUUUCCGGAGCAUACGAUCCGUAUCAGAGAGCAGGUUGACGACUCCAUAUGCGACGCCCGCGUGAAGCAGUACACCGGCUGGCUCGAUGUCGGCAACCAGCAUCUUUUCUUCUGGUACUUUGAGAGCAAGAAUGCACCAAAAACAGACCCUCUUGUGCUUUGGUUAACUGGAGGCCCUGGCGGCUCAUCAAUGCUGGGAUUGCUUCAAGAGCUUGGACCGUGUCUGAUCAACGAGCAUGGUAAUGGAACGGUUCACAACCCUUAUGGAUGGAAUGAGAAUGCGAACUAUAUCUUUGUCGACCAGCCUGCCAGCGUUGGCUUUUCGUACUUGGAUGACGGAGAGCCGAUUCCGUCAAACUCUUUCGUCGCUGCUGAGAGUAUGCAUAAGUUCUUGCAGCUCUUUGUGAGCCAAGUAUUCCCGGAUCUCGCCGACAGGCCAUUUCAUAUCUCGGGAGAGAGUUAUGGAGGCCACUAUAUCCCUGUCCUGGGAGCUACUAUUGUUGCACAAAACAGUCUCUAUCCUAAGCGGCCCCAAGUCAACCUGGAGUCAGUUCUCAUCGGCAACGGCUACGUCUCCCCUAUGGACACCCACUUCGGAUACUGGGAGACACUCUGCACCACGAACCCGGGUGUUGACAAGCCUGUUUUCAACAGCACACGUUGUGACAUUAUGGCUGCGAACCUUCCGCGAUGCCUUGACCUCGCACGGGUAUGUUAUGAGCAUCCCGACCAUGCUAUCUGUGGCGCGGCUGGUAAAGUUUGCUGGGAUGGAGUCAUCCGCUGGUACGAUGGAGAAUCCGGUGCAGGUGGCAAAAGGAACAGAUUCGACAUCACCAGGCCCUGCGAAUCUGGAGAUGAUCUGUGCUAUAAGGAAGCAGGGCUAAUUGAGAAGUACCUCAACACCCCCAAGGUUUUCGAUGCCUUAGGCGUACCUAGUGCAGUGACGAACUACUCCAUUUAUGCGAUGGAUGUAGAAGUGGCAUUUAGUCUAGGAUAUGACCAAGAAAUCAGCACUCAGUCACAGAUUCUAUACUUGCUCGAUCACGAUAUCGACGUGCUAAUGUACCAAGGAAACCUCGACCUCGCAUGCAACACCGCUGGUAACUUGAGAUGGAGCAACAGUAUGCCUUGGAAAGGACAACCGGAAUAUGUUGCGCAACGACAAAGGUCCUGGGGGGCUGGAGGUGAUGAGUUUGGAUGGUAUAAGGAGGUCAAAAUCAAGAUGGGCGACACCGAUAAGAAAACCACAUUCGCUUUUGUCACAGUUGAUGGAGCUGGCCAUAUGGUUCCUCAGGACAAGCCGAAAGAGGGUCUGGAAUUGGUGAACAGGUGGUUGAAGAAGCGAACUUUCAACAAGUGAACAAACCUUGACUUGAGAUGGGGAACUUCCCAAGAAUGGAAGAUCUGACGUUGAGUGACGAUCCUAGUCGGGUACUUGGGUCAGCAAGAUCUUUGUGCGGUGUAGGGUGAAGGACACUUACGUUUGAGUGAGCUUCUGGCCGAUAGAUUAUCUAUGGGUGCCAAGUUUGCCCCAAGAACAUUUGUGUCAAGCUUCCAAGAACCCGCCCAGUUACUUUACAGCGUUUCCAGCGAUUAUUAUAGAGACAUGCGGGUUGAAAGGAAUCCUUCCCGUCAUUUGUCACUGAAUGCUCAAAUGGAACCAAACGAAGUACUCGUGCAGCAUGAGCACAUCCAUACUCAUGUGCCAAAUCUUGUUGUACUGUGUUCAGUUUUAAUCUAUGACCGGCCUGGAGUUUAUCUCGUGGCUUAC